ACUUUGUCGUCUGUUUGUCCACUGUCCUACUCCCAAGAUUUUAUAAGGGUGGCAGAAUAAUUUAAUAUCAUUUGGAAAUUUUUAAGUACUAAAUCGAAUUUUCCGAGGAAUGUGGAAAGCACCUGCCAGAAUCUGUUCCCAGUCGAAAGUGUCACUCCAAAAUGGAAGACACGUUAUUCGUCGGAACAUAAACAGCCGAAAAUCCAAUCAAAUAUCUGGAAGUAAAUUGCUCACUAUUGCUGGUACCGCUGUUUUGGCGACUGUCGGUGGUUCAGUCGCUUUAGCAAAAACAAGUGAUGGAUUCAGAAAGUUCUCUGAGGAAAACAUCCCUGGAUCCUCAUUUCUCUACAAUCUGCUACUUGGACCUCCAGUUUCCCAUCUACCAGUGUUCACUCCUCCUGUCAAAUCUUUGGAAGAUGGACUUCUAAAGAAAAAGCUAGAACGAGAAGCAUCAAAGAAAACAGAUGAUGUAGUAGCUGUUACCCCUGCUGAUGCUCUUGUUGAGUCACCUAAAUCCCCUGUAGAUGCAACACCAUUAGAUGUUGCAGAAAAACCAAUUGAAGAUGAGAAAAGUGAAAAUUCAACCAAAGAGGAUCCUGUAGGCCUGGAUAAUGAAGUGAAACUUGCAGAAAACACAGAGGUAGUAAAUGAGCCUGGAUCCAAUAGCUCUGCCACUGAGGUUGCCAACAUUCAGGAAACAGCUGCAGUUAAUUUGUCUGAAAUGAGCUCUGCUGAAUUCGAAACCUUGCUAAGGGACCUUCAUGCUAAAGCUUCGGAAGCUGUGAAACAAGCCGUCGAUGCACAAGAUACCGCUGCGGCUUUGAUCAAAAAGCAUGUUGAUUUAGUCUUUAAAUCCUUGGAAAAGAUCUAUGAGCCAGGUCAAACGCAAGAAAAUAUCUGGGAGCCGGUCUUUGUUGCGACGCAAGAUAAAAUUGAAGCUGUGCAAAUUGCCGAAUCCCGAGCUCACGAAGCAAGAAUGGCUGUAGCCCAACUAAAAGAAGCUGUAGCGCACGGUCUUAAGAACGAUCAGAGUAAACAAACACCUGAUCUUAUUACAAUUGAUGAAAGUGUUGCGCGUGCUCUCUAUAGCUUGGAAACUGCCAAAGCACGGGUGGACGCUGCUCAGUCUGAAGCCAAGGUUAUGGAUGAAUAUCGUGAACUUGUUGAUACUGCAAGACACAAUUUGCAGAUGGAAUUAUCCGCUAUUCGCCCAGAUCUUUCCCCCAACUUUAAAACUGAGGGUACGAAAUUGGGUGAAGAGGAAGUUAAUAUUUUGAUGGCCCAUGCCUAUUGGAAGAUAAUAACACUGCAAAAGGAGCUUGCCAAGCAACAAUCGCGAGAGCAACAGCGUUUGAAAGGAGCUUUAGAUAUGCAACGGAAAGAAGAUUUCUCGAUCCUGGAGUCACGUCUACGAGUCGAAUUGGAGCGGCAAUACUAUGAACUUAAAGCCAAAUAUAAUCAAGACAUCUCCUUCCACGAAAAAACCCUAUCGGAUCAGUUCACGCAGCAGCUAAAGCUCCAAGCUGCUGCUUACACUGACCACUUAAAUGACAGCCUCAAGACGCAGUACCAGGAACUCAAACGAACGUUUGAAGCUGAACGUGAGCUAGAUAUUGCGAAGUUGACUGCAUUGCACCACGAAGACCUGGCUAAACUUCACGGAAUGGGUAAAGGAAUACAAGACGCCAUCCGCGAUCGUGCUGAAAAGGAUCGCAUUUCUCGCCAAGUUCGAGAGCUCUGGAUUGCAGCUCAAUCAAUGAUGGAUUCACUGCGUAGCAAUGCCACUGUUCAUCUGCCUUGGAGUGAGCAGCGCCGCCCCCUUAACUUGAGUGGUCUUAAUCAGGCGCUUAACAACAACGAUGAAUUUGCUCGUGCAAUCAUUGAAUCAAUCCCGCCAUCCGCUGUAAACCAGGGAAUCCUUCCUCAGGGAGCGCUGAAGGAACGCUUCCAAAAUGUUGAAAGAGUUUGCCGACGCGUAGCUUUGAUUGAUGAGAACGGUGGAUCAGUUCUUCGUUACGCUCUGUCUUACUUGCAGAGCAUGAUGGUGGUAAAAGUUGAUGCUCGCCCGCCACCGAAACAAGAUGAAGAAAUCAACUUGGCUGAGCUAAAUACCUUCGACAUUUUGGCUAGGGCAAGGUACCAUUUGGAAAAAGACGACCUGGAACAAGCCUUGCGAUACAUGAAUUUAUUGAAAGGAGAGCCACAGAACGUUGCCACCGACUGGCUGCGAGAAUUACGUAUUCACUUGGAAACUGUGCAAGCCGUCAAUGCGAUUAUGACUUAUGCAGCUGUACAAGCCAUUGAAUCAAUGUGAAACACUUCUCCAUCAGCCCAGAUUGCAUAUAUCUUUAAAAAAGUGAUUUGAUAGAAAAUGGUUGUAGUACGGUCAGCCAAUAACAAAGUAAAACAGGCUCAUCGUCUGUAAAUCUUUAUUAGCUAUUAACUGUACAGAAUUUAAAGUUGUAUUCAGUUUGGCAAUACAACUGGAUGUAACAGGA